GUUGAGUGGAAUAUCACUGCCAAAGACAAGAUGUCCUUUAUUAAAGUAGAUGCAACUUCUGAUUUCUCCUUCCACAAUCUCCCUUAUGGAAUAUUCUCCACACCCGAUAACCCCAAACAUCGCAUUGGUGUUGCCAUUGGAGACCAGAUAUUGGACCUCAGUGUGAUCAAGUUCUUGUUUCAAGGACCUGUGAUUUCAAAACAUCACAAUGUCUUUGACCAGCCCACACUGAAUGCUUUCAUGGCUCUUGGAUAUGAAGCCUGGAGAGAGGCCAGGAGGACCUUGCAAGUGUUGCUAUCAGCCAGUGAGAGCACACUGAGAGAUGACAUCGGUCUUCAAAACAGGUCAGCGUUGAGGCUUACAUCCGUUAAACACCAUUUACCAAAUGAGUUAGGCGAUUACACUGACUUCUACUCGUCCAGAGAUCACGCCACCAAUGUUGGCAUCAUGUUCCGUGGGAAGGAGAAUGCCCUGAUGCCAAACUGGUUGAGGCUUCCAGUAGGAUACCAUGGCAGAGCGUCAUCAGUUGUUGUUUCUGGGACCCCUGUCCGCCGCCCCUCGGGCCAGAUGAGACCUGACCAAACAAAACCUCCAGUAUUUGGCCCAUCUAAGCAGUUGGACAUUGAGCUGGAAAUGGCCUUCUUUGUUGGGGGAGGGAAUCAGCUUGGAGAGCCCAUUCCCAUUAGGAAAGCCCAUGAACACAUCUUUGGCAUGGUACUCAUGAAUGACUGGAGCGCUAGGGACAUCCAGGCAUGGGAGUAUGUUCCUCUGGGUCCUUUCUUAGGGAAGAACUUUGGGACAACAAUCUCACCCUGGGUCGUCCCCAUGGAGGCGCUGUUACCGUUUGUAGAGCCCAACCCCAUCCAGGAUCCAGAGCCCCUCCCCUACCUGCAACACCAUGAUGCUUACACUUUCAAUAUUAACCUGUUUGUGUCACUAAAAGGACAGGGCAUGGCAGAGGCUGCAACCAUCUGCAAGUCAAACUUUAAGUACAUGUACUGGACCAUGAAGCAGCAGCUCGCCCAUCACACAGUCAAUGGCUGCAAUAUCAGACCAGGAGACCUGUUGGCGUCUGGUACUAUCAGUGGACCUGAUCCAGAGAGUUUUGGCUCCAUGCUGGAGCUGUCAUGGAGGGGAACUAGGAGCAUUGAUCUGGGAGGAGGAGAAACACAAACCUUCCUGAAGGAUGGAGAUGAAGUCAUCAUCACAGGUUACUGUCAAGGAGAUGGAUACAGGGUAGGGUUUGGCUCCUGCAUUGGAACCAUCCUCCCUGCCCUGCAAGACUGAAGCACACAUACUGUUACUUCCGGGGGCAUCUUUCUGUGGAGCACUAAAAGACACGCCUACAGUAUCUCACCCUGUUCUGAUGUUCACUAUCUACAAAGGACAACUACCGCCAAACGUUCUGCUCACAAAAUGUCCCUCUCUCUCAUACACACAUACACAACACUCUUAAAAUGUUUCCAGUUUUAGUUAAUUGAUGGACUUUUCUCAGAAUCAGUCAGUACAUAGUCUCAGAGCUCUGGAGAUUCACAGAGUGACCUUGUUACUGAAAUCCUUUGCAUUAUUCAUCUAGCAGAGGGAUUUUCUCAUAUCACAGUUAUUGCUCUACCAGGAUCAGUGUUAUUGAUGUGCUUUGUGUGUUUGCUCCUGAUUUAUAAUGAAAUAAUCAAAUUUUAAUAUCACUGUGUUUGUCUUUUGUUUUUCUGUCAACUUUGUGUGCUAAAU